AUGGCGAGCUCUUCAGAAGAAACUGAUGCGCAUAAAUUGGCAAGCUCUUCUGAAGAAACUGAUGCGCGUAAAUUGGAAAGCUCUACAAAAGAAACUGAUGUGCAUAGUUUGGCAAACUCUUCAAAAGAAACUGAUGCUCAUAAAUUGGCUGGCACUUUUAAAGAAACUGAAGGGCUUCAGCCGGUGAAUCUUAAAAUAUUAUCAUUUGUUAAUAAGAAUUAUAAUUUAACAACCCCUGGAAUGCUAGAAGACUCGACUAGGUCAUACUCUGCACAAGCUAAGUCUUACUAUACACAAAAUAAAUCAAAAUAUGUACAAGAAAAAUUUGAUGAUUCAUCAGCGGAUCAGAAAUUAGUGAAGGAAUGGAAAUUAAAUCAUGGGUUGUAUCUUGCUGGCAACAAUUUUAUUCCAAGUAAUGAAAAAAUUUUAGGCUAUAAUGGAAAAUUAGAUAUUGUUGCAUAUUCAAGAGAGCCGUUAGUGUAUGCAGUAGUUGGUGACAGUUCAGAUAAACCAAAAUCAUUCUGGGAUAAAUUACGAGACAAUUAUUCUGAGUUUCCAUCAACAAAAGAAACCCCUAUUAAUGAUAUUUCUGAAACUGAUAUAUGUCUUUUAUUCCCAAUUGCAGAGAUCACUUAUUAUGGGCCAAUAAAUAAAGUUUUUAAAUCUGAUUUAAAUAGUGAAAAAGAGUCCUUUAUAACGGAUAAUUAUGCCGAAUAUGGGUACUUUUUUGCUAAAAAAUUACUUGCUGGAGGAAAAUUGAUUAUCAGAAAUAUUGCUGAUGCCAAACCUGUGCAAAUUGAACACUUAAAAACACACCUGGCAUGGGCGCUUGAUUCAUAUCAUUCACAAAUAGAGAAUUCAUUUGAGAAUGUAACAUUUUUCGAUUUUCCUAUUAUUGAGACAACAAAUAAAAGCUUUUUAAAAACUCCAAAAGACCUAACAAAGUGGAUUAGGCGAUUAUAUGAAGAAAAUGCGGCUGAAAUAAUUUCCUAUGAAGAAAUUAUUCCAAUACUUACAUUUCUAGAAAAAGUAGAAUAUAUUAAUACUGAUACGUUUAUUAAUCGGUUGGUUCCAGGAAUCUCUAACAAACACCAAGAAAUUACUUUAAAGGAUUGGAUUGAUGAAAUACCCUUAAGGAAAUUACUUACAUGGAUUAGCAAGUUCUCACUCCGAUGUGGAAUGUUGAUAGAUCAAUUUGGAAUCUCUUUAGCAAAAAGUCAGGCAUUUACAUUUGCACGAAGCCCAUUUGUUUUCAAAAGAAACAAUUAUUAUUUGCAUCUUAUUCAACCUGAAACUCGCAUAGAAGAGAUUCUUUUACGAAAUAAUAUCACUCAUAAAUUAAGUUCGAUUCCAUUUGUAGAAUAUAAUUCAACAACACCAAUUGAUAAGGUAUACUUAUUUUUACUUAAUGAAAAGAUUGAAAUAUCUCUUGACCAAUGCGUCGUACCUUUGCCGGUCUUUAAGAAAGCUGUCGAAAACGCAGUUAGAAGUAUUCAUCCAUAUCAAGCACUUCAAGAGGUGUUUAAUGAAUUUGGUCAUUUUUUACCAAAGUCAAUUGUUUUAGGAAAUCAACUUAGAGAAAUACUGAAAGGCACAUCAAAUAAUGCUUUAAUUAAAAAGAAAUUUGUAGCAUCAUCGCAGGCAAAUAUCGAUAAAAUUCUCGAGUACACAAAAGAUUUCGAUCUUAAUUAUUUAUUGACAUCAAAUGGACAGGUCGUAAUGAUGAAUCAAGUAUUUAAUUGGUUUAGUGAUGUUGAAAAUAAUGAUGAGCAGUUACAACUUAUUAGGAUUGAUCAAAUCACUCCGUUAUAUAAAAUCCUAAAUUAUAAAUUGCAGAACGAAAUAGAAAUUAUUUUAGAGAAUCGAUUAAAUUUCAGAAUAUUAUUGACAGGAGUAAAAACCUUCGAUGUGGAUGACAAUUCUACACAGGCAUAUGUCCGUAUUAAUUUUGAUGGCCAAUCAGUAUUAGAUAGUAGUUCUUAUGACGUCUUUGGUAUUGUUCUUGACAAUGAAGAUAUAAGAACAGAAAGAUGUGUAGUAAAAUUUGAUUUAUUCGACUGCUAUGGAUUUUCUGCGUUUGUUACUGUUGAAGAUAGCAUAGCAAAGAAAGUUAAGGGAUGGCAUAUAAUCUGGAUGAUUACCGGGAAACUUUCUUUGGUGGGAGCUUCCAGUAUAAAUCAUCGAGAAACUAAAAUCGCUUUUCAUAAAGCACCUGUUGACUUUACAUCGUGCUAUGACGACAUAAUUUACAUACCUUUACCAUUUACGUUGGCCAAGAAUUGUAUUGCUUCAUUUACUGCAUUACAUCCACCCUCAAACAAUCCACCAAAACAGUACUUUAAGUUAAUUAGAUGGUCCAAAGGUGUUUUGGAAUUAAAGAUUACGGCACUUAAAAUGGAUCAGACCAAGACUCUUCCGUCUUAUAUUAAUAUUUGCAUUGUUUAUCCUCCUGAAAAAACGACCUUUAAGGUCGAUUUUGGAGAAAAGCUAGUUACAUACAAUUUAUUGCCAUGCAUGAUUCAAUAUCGUGAUGUUGAUAUUCCGUUUGAAGCGUAUUUCAUGCAAGAAGUUAAUCAUAAGAAUUUGGUAAAAUAUGUAAAUAUAUUAGAAGCAGAAACUACCUACUUUUUGAUAACUGAAUUGGAUAAUAAUAACCGAUCAACAAACUGGCAAACUCUUCAUCAUUACCUUAAAUAUAAUGGUGCCCUUUCUGAAAAUCAAGCAAAAAAUAUAUUUAACCAAGUUAUUGAAUGUAUUUCUUUCAUAUACAAGCAUGGAUUCUAUAAUAUCAAAAUAAAUGAUAGGAAUAUUUUGAUCUCUGAAUUUCGGAUUAAGCUUUUUAAUUUGGAGAAUAUUAUGUCCAAUUCAGAUGAUCUGGUUUAUGAUAUUCAAAAUGAAGGCGAUUACAUUAUUUCAUAUGCUUCCCCCGAAAUGAUUUCUGGACAUAAUUAUAAUUCAGAAUUUUCUGAUAUUUGGUCUUUGGGCAUUCUACUUUAUACUAUGAUUCAUGCUGAUGUUCCUUUUAAAAAGCCAUUUGAUACAAUAGCCAGAAUGUUAGUACUAGAAAAAGAAAUCAGCAAAGAAUGUUCAACUAUUCUACAUCGCUUACUUGCAAAGAAACCUCAUUUGAGAGGAUCAUUUAAAUGUUUGUUAAACGACUCAUGGAUAGGUAUAGAUGCUUUUACAAUGAGAAGUGUUUCAAACGAUUUAAAGGAAAACGAUGAUAAAAGUAUAGCCAUUGAAUACACCUCAAACAUUGAAAUUAUCCAAGAGUUGGAUGAAUUGAUAGAAGAAAAUAAGCACCACUUUCAUUGGCAGAGAACAAUAACUAAGGUGGCUUUGAAAGAAUGUCUGAACAUACACGAAGAUGCUAACUUGAAAAACUUUUUAAGAGAGGAACCUUCCAAUCGUCCAAAUGCAUUGUCACUAGCAAAUGAAAUCAUUAAUUGGAAAUUAAAUAAAAUGCACCAGUUUAAUGACAAAAAAAGACUUUUAUCUUACAUGAAUAAAGAGACUGAAGAGACAAUUGAAAAGUCACAAAAUGAUAUGAUAGUGGAUCCAGAAAAUGAUGUAGUUAACUUCAUGAAAAAUGGUGACGCAAUUUAUGGUAUAGAAAAUGAUGAAAAUAAAAACGUUUAUUCAGAAAUGAAAAAUGAAAUGAAAAAUGGUGGCAAAGAAGUAGAUGUAUUUGGCGAAUAUUAUAAAAAAGCCAUAGAUGGAGAUCCCGAAGCCAUGAAGAAUGUUGCUAUUUACUUCCUUACAGGAAAUGGUAUCGAUAGAGACAUGAAGAAGGCGUUUAGUUGGUUUAUGAAAUGCAAAAAAAAUAAAGUAGAGUUAAAACAAGAAGAACUGAUUCCAUUUGUUGAAUAUUUUUCUCAAGAUUCUUCAAAUUUGGAAAAUAAAUUUAGAUAUGGAGUGAUGCUAGAAUGCGGGCUAGGUAUUGAAAAAGAUCUAGUUAAAGCGUAUUUGGUAUAUAAAAAUGCGGCAGAAUCUGGACAUGCACGUGCGCAAUUUAAAGCGGGUAUAUUUUGUGAAAAAGCAUGGGGUCGAAAAAAAGACUUAAAAGAAGCUUACCGUUGGUUCAAAAAAGCGAUUGAACAAAAUAAUCUAGAAGCGUGGAGUCAUCUCAAUGAGCAUUAUAAGACAUCUUGUGAUUUACAAGAAAAAGGUACCACCAUGAGGUACUCUGCUUAUCACACCAAGUACUUAAACUACAAGAUCACAGGAACAAUUACAAUGCAGAUCGAAGAAAACACAAAUUGA